CACUAUCAUUAUGACUGAAUGGAGGACAAAGUAUAGGAGGCUAACUAAUCAAUUAGAUAAUGCAAUGGAAGCUAAGGCAGUCGAUUCAUUAUUGAAUUACGAGACUGUUAAGUUAUAUGCUGCAGAGCCUUUUGAGGUGGAUCAAUACACACAUGCGAUCCUCGACUAUCAAGUGGCUGAUCUAAAGUCCAAUAUGACUUUGUACAUUCUUAAUACUGCGCAGAAUGUGACCAUCCAAUUUGGACUUCUAGCCGGGCUGCUAUUAUGUGCAACACGAAUUGCUAAAAAUGAGAUGUCGAUUGGAGAUUUUGUCAUGUAUCUUUCCUACAUAUUGCAACUUUAUGCACCCCUUAAUUGGUUUGGAAAUUAUUAUCGUGUGAUUCAGAAGAAUUUUGUUGAUAUGGAAAAGAUGCUUGAUCUUCUCCAAGAACCACCAGAAAUUAAAGAUUUACCCCAUGCUGCACCUUUAGUAGUAAAAAAAGGAGAGGUU